CUCGCUUUUAUCAUUCGUUUCAAACUUCAUAUUGAUCAUGGCGCGAUUUCCCGUUGUUUUUGUCCUCUUCGCCCUCCUGGCCGCUCCUCUAGUAACUGCAUUCAACCAAACAUUGGAAUUAGAGAACUCGAAUUGCGAUAACAACUGCUACUUCGACAGCUUCCCCGGUGGAUCCUGCACGAACGAUGCGGCAUGCAUGUGUGACAAGCAGCAGUACCGCGAGGCGUACUUCUGCUGCAUGAAAGAUUGCAAUCCCAAUGUCAUGCCUGAUUCCAUUACCCGGCAGCACAGGGAAUGUAAAGCCAGAAACAUGGAUUUUACCUUCGAUGCAGAAGCUCGUUGCGGUGUCAAGCUGACUAAAUCCGACGGUUUCCUGGUAGCGGCUGCUACUACUACUUCUACUACUACUUCUACUACUACUGCCGGCGAUCCUACCACCACUGGUGACUCCAAGUCCUCAACAGCGUCCGCUUCUACUACUUCAGCGGCCUCUUUGACGGCUAGCCAAGAGGCUUCUUCUACAGGAAGCCAAACCAGCUCAGGCAGUUCGACGCCUACUCCUACCAAUGGCACGUCAGGAAAGGGAGCCAUCUGCAACAUUGCCAUGAUUAUAGUUGCUGUAGCUGCUGUAGUAUUGUUUUGAGACAAUGUAUUAAAUACCAUCCUGUGGGGAAACCUUUAAUAAUGACUUAGUGAAACUCUGC